AGUCUUUCGCAAAUUAAUUUUGCUAAUUGGGAGUUUGAACAAAGUAAAAUUGUAUUGGCUUUACUGUUCGAAGUCUCGAAAGUUAAUUUCAAUUGUCAGACAGCCGGGAAGAUAUUGACAAAAUUUUGUUUUCCUUUCGAUUUGAUCUCAACGGGUCGUCAUUUUUUUAUAAUUAAGGAUCACAUUCACAUAAUUAAAGAAAUGUCAACUUCUGCUGGAAGUGGCGCCGGUUCAAGUGGCGGUGGACGUCGCAACAAUGGUGCCGGAAAUUCUGCCGAUUCAGCUCCAAAACCAGAAACCAAGGAGUCAAAAGCCAAUCCAAAAAUUUCAAAAGCGCUCGGCACAUCAGCAAAACGAAUGCAAAAAGAGUUGGCGGAAAUCACACUCGAUCCGCCUCCAAAUUGCAGUGCUGGACCGAAAGGUGAUAAUUUGUACGAAUGGGUGUCAACUAUUUUGGGGCCACCAGGUUCCGUUUAUGAGGGUGGCGUCUUCUUCUUAGACAUUCACUUUCCUCCAGAAUAUCCGUUCAAACCUCCAAAGGUCCUAUUUAGAACUAGAAUAUACCAUUGCAAUAUAAAUAGUCAAGGCGUGAUUUGCUUGGAUAUUUUGAAGGAUAAUUGGUCACCUGCUUUGACAAUAUCAAAAGUUCUCUUAUCAAUUUGUUCAUUGUUAACAGACUGCAAUCCGGCUGAUCCAUUAGUUGGAAGUAUCGCAACACAAUAUCUUCAGAAUCGAGAGGAACAUGAUCGAAUCGCGCGCCUUUGGACUAAAAGAUAUGCUACGUGAUUUCCCAGCACAUAUUAUAAUCAAUCGCCAAUCGAAGUUAUGAGAAUACGUCACUUCAACUGUAAUAAUAUUCAAGUGAAAAUAUAAAAACAAUGAUAUCAAGUCUAAAAAAAUUUAAGAAUAAUUAAUGAAAAGGAUUUUUUUUUUAUUUUGCUGCGACUGUCUCUAUGAAGAGAACUAUUAAAAUCAACAAAAGCAUAUAAGUAAUAUUUACAACAAUGUAUUCAUCCUACAUAAAAAUAACCAUAAACUGAUCUGGUCUUCGUAAGUUUUCUUCAAUUAGAUUUUCAAUUCAAUUUUCUUGAUGUAAGUAAGGUGAAUACAUGGAAAUUUAAAGUAAAAGAUGAUGAAGUAGAAAAAAGUCGAUGAAAUUCAGGAAAUUUGAAUUUAAUAUUUUUAUGAUGCAAUUUUCCUUUUCAUCAAAGCAUCUAAGCGAUAAUUGUAACUUGACAUUUCUGACUCAUUUUUUUAUAUGAAAGAAAGUGAAGAAAAAAAUUGUUUUAAGGCUGUUGUUGCUUUUCUUAAUUAAACUUCACGUCUUGGUAUUUAUCUGUGAACAGAAAAUAUUCUUCAACUGAUGUGUAAAUAUUUUUUCUUUCUUUCUUGUCCCAUAAUAAUGAAAAAUAUAAAAAGAUCGUUUCUCUUCUUCUUUUUAUUAGUUAUUAAUUGUAACUUAAUCUAAAUGUAUUUUUUAAUGAUGAAUUAGUGACGGAAAAUGAUGAUAAAUAAUUCAGAGACAGAAUGAAUAAGAAAAAAUUUUGAACCAUCUCUUAAAAAAAUAUGACUUGACAGGCAAGAAAAGCAUAAAUCGUGAAAAACUUUAUUAUGAUGAUAACCUCUAGAAAAUAACAAAUUUCUUUUAGUUGAUAAUUUUUCUUUGUUUUUUCCGAGAUUUUUUCGAACUUUGAGAAAAAUGAUGCAAAACAGCAAAACUCCUAAUUGUGGUAUAUAAAUAUACCAAUUAAAAUAAUUGUGAGACAUCAUUUUCUAAGUUUUGUGAGAGCUAUAAAACAUUUAAAGAAGUAAAACAUGAAAUCAAUGUGUAAACAGACUUGAAAUAAAAAAUAAAAUGAAAAUUUUGAAUGAUGUAUGAUAACAUCGCUAAUUAUUUUUAA